AUGGCUGGCCGUCAUCAGUCUGCACAAGAUGGACCAACCCAUGACGACGAGAAAAGUAGCAAUGUUCAACAAAUGUCCACGCCCAAUGCCGAUGAGAGCAAUUGUUCUCCGCGCAAGAAUUACUCCAAACUGUCGGUACUUCUGAUGAUCAUUUUCUCAGGCCUAGCAAUCGGAUCGGAUGGAUUCAACGCAUCAAUUAUCGGGAAUAUCGAGCUUAUCAUGGGGGUCAUUUAUCCCGAUUCCCUCACAACAGCGGUAGCGUCUCGACUUUCGAACGCCUUUAUGGUGGGCAUGAUCAUUGGCAUGCUCUCCUUCGGCUACAUAUCCGACAGACUGGGCCGAAAGACAGGAGCCGUCUUGACCACCAUGAUUCUUGUCCUGGGAAUCGCUUUGAGUGCAGGAGCCAGCGGCGUCACGGAGAACGGAAUGUUCUGGAUGCUCAUCAUCGCCAGAGGUAUUGCGGGUGUUGGUGCUGGAGGGGAAUAUCCUGUCGCCGGAGCUGGUGCUGCAGAGGCAACGGACGAGGAGUCUGCCAUUCGCCAUAAGCGAGGUUUUAUUUUCGCCAUGAUUGCCGACCUCUCUGCAUCUCUGGGGUUCGCCUUUGGGGCACUCGUUCCACUUCUGUUGCUCUUGUGCUUCCAUCAACAGGUCCGUCAUUAUGAUACUGUCUGGAGGGUGGCCCUAGCCCUAGGAGCAAUUCCUCCCCUUUCAAUCUUCUGGUUCCGAUAUCGCAUGGCCGUCAGCUCUGCAUAUAAAAAGAGUGCGAUGAGGAAACAACGGGUACCGUAUUGGCUGGCCAUGAAGAAAUACUGGCGACCAUUACUGGGUGUUUGUGGGUCGUGGUUCCUGUAUAACUACAUCUCAUACCCCUUCGGUCUCUUUUCGUCCACCAUCGUCGGCCGCGUGAAUCCUAACUCGUCUCUCACACUGACUAUGGCCUGGGGUACAUUGAUCAACUGUUUCUACAUCCCAGGAGCCUUCAUCGGCGGCUUCCUCUCCGACAGGAUCGGGCGGCGUAGAACCAUGGCGCUAGGAUUUUUCCUCCAAGCAAUCCUAGGCUUCAUUCUCGGCGGCGCCCUACAACACAUCCAAAAGUCACUACCGUUGUUCAUUGUGCUUUACGGAAUAUUCCUUACUCUCGGUGAAAUUGGCCCCGGGGCAACGAUCGUCCUCACCGCAAGUGAGAGCUUCCCCACCGCGCUCCGCGGCCACGGGGUAGGGUUCGCCGCCGCAUGGAGUAAAGCCGGGGCCGCAAUUGGCACGCAGGUGUUCAAGCCGAUAUUGGCCAGUUUUGGGGAUGACGAGUUCCAGGGAACACGGGCGGUGUUCUUGAUAGGAUCGGGAUUUGCAGUGCUGGGGUCCCUGCUGGCAUGGUUCGUUUUGAGGGAUUCGGAGAAGGAGCUGGAUUGCGGAGACCAUGAAUGGAAGGCUUACCUGGAGAGGAAUGGGUACGACCAUAUUGAGUGGGGGACUGUUGAGGGGACGGUGGCACAAGAAAAUGUGAAGCCAGUUGUGUAG